CUCACAAUCCUUCACACCUUCUGUUCCUGAGAGGGGCUGAAGAGAAGCCAUGCAGCCAGCCUGUAUAAAGAGCGCGAGUGCGCUGCUUCAAGAUGUCUCUAUCCAAGCAGAGCAAUUUCACAGCAUUCAAGUCGAUUUCGACAGUCCUUCCUUUUUUUUCAGUCUUUUCACAGUUUAUUCAGAAGCUAUUGACUAGCUUCACCACAUUCCUUCCAUCACAUACACUCCUUGCAGAGCACUCAAUCAUUCAUAUUUGUCCCAUUCAUUAACCCAUUCCUAUUCGUAUACCUUUCUAUCAAGAUGCGUUUCACUCAGUUCUUCAACUAUCUUGCUGUCGGCUCCCUUGCCGGCAUCGCGGCUGCCGCUCCGUUGGGAACUCGGACCCUGGAGGUCGAGGCGGGAGAGCACUUGGCCUCCCGUUCCACCAACGCAGUGGUGACCGUCAGCGCAUUGGCUGUCUCUAGCGUCAACGACAGUGUUGGCAAGAGCUCGGGCUCGAACUCUUACAAGAAGUACACCGGCGAUGGUUCGACGGCUGAUGGAUGGCCCGCUAAGUCCGACUGGCUUUCCUUCGAUGCGAUGUGGGAGGCCAACAAGGAUGCUAUCAUCGCCAAGUCAUGUUCCAACAAUGGCUGGGGCCAGGACAACUCGGCGACCGAGACCGCAAACAUCAAGAGCGCCAUUGAGAAGGUCGCUAAGGAGUCCAAGGUCGAUCAUCGCUUCAUUCUGGCCGUGGUUCUGCAGGAGUCCAAGGGCUGUGUCCGGGUCCCGACUACCGCCAACGGUGUGGGCAACCCUGGCCUCAUGCAGAGUCACCAGGGUACCGGUACUUGCGCUGGAAAGAGCACCUGCUCCGACUCAGAGAUUGUCCAGAUGAUCCGCGAUGGAGCUAUUGGAACUUCCGCCAGUGGUGGUGAUGGCCUCGCUUCUCUCCUGGACCUGGCCGGUCGGACUGGUGUUGCGGCCUACUACCGUGCCGCCAGACUGUACAACUCUGGCAUAAACUCCCUUAAGUCCACCACCAACCUGGACCUUGCCUCCGGCGCCACUUCUUGCUACGCCUCUGAUAUCGCCAACCGUCUCACUGGCUGGACGACGGCUACCUCCAGUUGCUCUAGCUGGUAAGCUUCUUCAUUCCCACGCAGUAGUGGGAUUGAGAUAUAUGCUUUCCCAGCAUUGGCAUAAGCAUGCCUUGGGCACUUGGAUAUGGCGAUUUUUCCCUUCAUUACUUCUUCUUCUCUGACAUUGAUGCGAUAGGGGUAGCACAACGUGUUCAGGCAGCAUGUUGUCCCCUCAUCGCAAGUUUCCCUGGCUUUCUUGUUCCUGUGAUAUCAUUCUGUUUUUGUAUUUCAAUGGUUUUUAUCUUCAAUUAGAAGCAUUGCUCGCUCUGAAUAGAUACCCGUCACCUGCUAUGCUGGUGACCAAUGUCAUCUCGACGGUUAGG